CUUCUCCCUUUUUCUUGUAGUUUCAGAGAGGAGACUGACACGCUACACAAUAUCACAAUGUUUCAAUUUGGGUCGAAGUUAUUACUUGUAUUUCUGCUGGCAUUUCCAUGCGGCCUCGUGUCCAUUGGCCAUGUAUCUGCAGAGGAUGAGCUAGAGGACGAGGUGAUUGCUGAUGCUGCAGUUGAAGAAGAGGAAGAGGACGAGGAGGAAGAGGAAGCAGUUGUGGAAGACCCUCAAGCUUCAGAUACAGAAACGGAGGAUGAAUUAGACGAAGACGCCCCAGCUACAGAUGUGACCUCGCACCCUGAUGCAGACACCACCAUCAUCUUCGUUACAGGAGAAGAGUUCCCAGCCAAUGAGAUUGUGAAGUUCCUGGUGGGUUUCACCAACAAGGGCAGCGCUGAUUUCACCGUCAAGUCUCUGGAAGCCUCUUUCCGUUACCCCCAGGACUUCCAGUUCUACAUCCAGAAUUUCACAGCCUUGUCCCUUAGCACCGUGGUGCCACCGGAGAAGCAGGCCUCUUUCGAGUACUCCUUCAUCCCCGCACAGCCCAUGGCUGGCCGCCCCUUCGGCCUGGUCAUCCUGCUCAACUACCUAGACGGCCAGGGCAAUGCUUUCCAGAGUGCCAUUUACAACCAGACCGUCACCAUCGUAGAGCUGGAUGAGGGACUGGAUGGAGAGACAAUGUUCAUGUACGUCUUCCUCACUGGACUGGUUGUUCUGAUGGCCUUCGGAUUGUACCAGGUCUUGGAGUCCCGCACGAGGAAGAGGCUGGCAGUGAAGGUGGAGACGGGUACCGGUGGCAUGGAUGAUGUGGACAUCAGCUGGAUCCCGCAGGAGACUCUCAACGUCAUGACUCAGAGCAAAGCCUCACCGAAAGCCUCUCCAAGGAAGCGCGCCAAGCGAACAGCUGGCACCACAGACCAGUAAACCACUCGCAUGUGCCUCAUCGUCUUCAUCUCCAUGUACAAGUGCUCAAGGCCCCACAUGCUGUGUACGCUCCAUCCUCCCCCUACAACGACACAACUCUCAACAGGACUGUCACUGUCAGACAAAUAUCAGUCAACCCAACAGCCGCCCAUUAACAACCAAUCGCACCACCCCUUUCCCGCCCUGUACGCACUCAGGACUUCUCCAUCGCAGCCAUAGCACCUCUGAGCUAAGAGAUGAGGCACGAUGCUCAUGGGGAGUCGCUCAUAUAUCCACAGAGGAAAUUAGAAGUUUUAACAGAUCGUGACUGUUGGGACUGAGCCGUUUUAAUCAGUGUGUGUGACCGGUGGCACUGGAGGACUGAUGUGAGCCGAGGCUGGGUGAUUUCGUCGAUCCGUUUGCCAAAAACCAAAGACAGAGGAGGUGUUACAAUAAUGCCAAAUGAAUAAAAAGGAAAAAAAGAGGAAAAAAAUGUUUGGAAUGAAUAAUUACAACAGCACACUACAGUUCAUGUGAUUGUUUGAAAGGAAGGUUUCCUUGAAUGAUGUAAUGGCCAAUGAUGUGGUACAGUACAUGUACUUUCCGGCAACUUGUUUUUAAGCUGUUUUCUUGACAAUCACAGUCUGAUGUAAUUUCAAAAUGUGUUAAGGUAAGCGGACCAAGGAAGACCUGAGCCAUUCCCUUUGUUCAUUUAUGGACUGAUUCCACUCUGUCUCAAGUAAACCCAGUCCGGGCUUAUUUAUAGGGGUAUAAUUUUGAAAUGUGGGACAAUGUUUGAUAAAAUUCUUCUGAGUGUUUUUUAUGACUGUGAUGCUGGUUGUGUUUUCCUCAUAACAUCUACAAGCAGUAUUUUUUAUGCAUAAGAAUGUGUCGACAUGGGAAAUAAGUUCCAUUGAAAUGGGAAAUAAAAUGUUGCACUUAUGCAUUUUCACAA